GCACCGAGCGGGGCAGGGGCCGAGCGGGGCCGUGCGGGGCGCUGUGUGCGGCGGGCACCGAGCGGGGCCGCGGCCGCUCCCGCUGCCCCCGCCCGGGCCCGCCCCGCUCGCGUCGCUCCGCGCUGGAUUGCUCGCGCCUGGCCGGCGCCGUCUGGGGCCCGGCGGGCGGCGCGGCCAGGCCCGCUCAGCCGAGCGCAGAGGCGGCCGCAGGAACAAUACGGCGGCGGGCGCGGAGCCGCGCGGCCGCCCCGCACCAUGUACGCGUUCGUGCGGUUCCUGGAGGACAACGUGUGCUACGCGCUGCCCGUGUCCCGCGUGCGGGACUUCAGCCCCACCUCCCAGCAGGACUUCGACAACCAGAAGGUCUACACCGUGUACCGCAACCCCGAGGAGGCGGCGGACGAGGACGACGAGAGCCCCGGCGAGUGGGGCGACCGGCUGCUGCUGCACAAGGCCCAGAUCCUGGCGCUGGCAGAGGACAAAACUGACCUUGAGAACAGUGUGAUGCAGAAGAAAAUUAAAAUCCCCAAACUCUCUCUCAAUCACAUAGAAGAAGCUGGGGAAGUUACAGAUUAUGGGGAAGAAGAUGUGGAGCUUAGACACAGUAAGAGACAAGAUGGGAGGAAACAAAGUGAAGGUACACACAAAAGCAUUGAAGCAGUUGUUGCUCGCCUUGAAAAACAGAACGGGAUGAGUCUCAGUAAUACUUCCAGCCCUGAGGAGGCUUUUAUGGAGGCUACAGAAGGCAUGAACAAUAUGGACGAUGCUGUAGUUCCUCGGAUUCUCUAUGAGGAAUUGCUGAGGAGUUACCAGCAGCAACAGGAAGAGAUGAGACACAUUCAACAGGAGCUUGAGAGAACGCGGAGACAGCUUGUGCAACAGGCAAAGAAGCUAAAGGAGUAUGGGGCACUCGUGUCAGAAAUGAAAGAGCUCAGAGACUUGAACAGGAGGCUCCAGGAUGUACUGCUCCUAAGACUAGGUAGUGGACCUGCCAUUGAGGUUGAAAAAGUAAAACCUGAAUCAAUUGAGCCCGAACCUGAGGUACAGAAGACCUUCAGUGAGGAAGCAAAUACAUCAACGUACUACCCUGCCCCUGUUCCAGUAAUGGACAAGUAUAUUCUCGAGAAUGGAAAGGUCCAUCUUGGCAGUGGAAUUUGGGUAGAUGAGGAGAAAUGGCACCAGCUGCAAGUAACACAAGGAGAUUCAAAGUAUACAAAAAAUCUAGCGGUUAUGAUUUGGGGAACAGAUGUUCUCAAGAACAGAAGUGUCACAGGAGUUGCAACCAAAAAAAAGAAAGAUGCCGUUCCCAAGCCACCUCUCUCACCUCACAAAUUAAGCAUUGUCAGAGAAUGUUUGUAUGAUAGAAUAGCACAAGAAACUGUGGAUGAAACUGAAAUUGCACAGAGACUCUCCAAAGUCAACAAGUACAUCUGUGAAAAAAUCAUGGAUAUCAAUAAAUCAUGUAAAAAUGAAGAAAGGAGGGAAAUUGCAAAGUACAAUUUGCAAUAAAUUUUGGAUUUUUAAUAAAAUCUUAGUGUUUUACUUAAGUGUUGGUUUUUGAUUUGUGUGGCAUUUUUGCUGAUGGGAGAAGAUGAAUUGAAGCGUUGCUCUCUUCCUAUAACUGAUGCGUUUUUUGAGCGGUUCUGUCAUGGUGUAAACUGCUUUUAACUAAUGUAAGAUAUAUUGUAAGUUCACUCCCAAUGAAAACUGAAGUUUCCAAGGUUUCUCCAGCGAGUUGCAGUUUGUUACCUGCGGUUGUACGUUGGUUGUGGUUCUGCGGAUGCCGACCCAUUUGCUCUACGUUGAAUUUUGCUGGAGUUAGUGGAUCUCAGCUGCAGUAAAACAUCUGCUUAGAAGGAAGAACUGUACAAAAUUCACUUUGCUAUUGAAAAGGAUUUUACUGUAUUUUACAAAGUGUUUUUUUCUGAAAUGAAGUUUCAAUCGUUUGUUUUUAUAAAUCUUUGUUUUGAUCUCUAACAAUAUAUUUGAUCUAAAAUACACAAAGAACGUUUCUUUUUCAAUUAUCUUGUAGGUAGAUCACUAUUACCAUCACAGUUAAAAAAACAAAAACUAAACAAUGAACAACAAAGAACCCAAAGCUGUAAGUUGUAAAAUCAUGAUAAUUCAUUUUAAUAAAUCUCAAACCAGUUCUUUUUCAGGGACCAAGACACUUCAGAUUUCUGGUUGUGGUAUAAAGUUCCUCAGUGUGUCCAUACUAUUGUUCUUGAAAUAUUAUCUUUUUAGUGUAUUUGUACUUUCAAACAAUUUAAAAAUUGCCACACUAUGGCAAGAGUAUGUACAGUAGAAAAUUUAGUACAAUUUUGUUUGGGUCCAUAAUUUAACAAUGGACACAUUUAGCACAAAUUUUAAUUACAAAUAAAAAUAAUUUUCUACAUUGAAGUUAGACUUGCGAUGCAAAGUUUUUAGAAAUAAUUUGUCAUCUGAACUAUAUGUUAUUGUCUGUAAGUGAAACAAAAUAUUCUCUUUUCAUGAAGGAUUUAGAGAUAACUUGAGGUCUGGAUUGAUGAAUUUUGAGGGUUUGUGGUCUCACUUAACCUUCCAUUUAUUCUGUGCUCGCAGCUGUGAUUGUCUGCCUAUCAGCCUGCCUGUUCCCGAGUGUCAGCAUUUGUUUCUUUUCUACCACUGCGGUUCUGUUUCCUGUAGUUUGGAAAAACUUCCCAUUUCUUAUCAUCUUCCUAUAGCACUGGUUCACCCUGAGGUGAAGCCUUUUUCAGUGUCCUGUAAAUGUUGAUAAUGUGGAAAGGAACAGGCUGCUGGGGUGGACUCACCAUGCCUGGAAGUAUUUAAAUGAUAAAAGGUGUAUAUGUGGGACGUGGGGACAUGGUUCAGUGGUGGGAUUGGCAGUGCUGGGUGAAUGCCUGGACUUGAUGAUCUUAAAAGUAUUUUCCAACCUAAAUGAUUGCAUAAUUCUUUAAAGGGCUGGGUGGGCAGAAGAAAAAGAGGGGAAAGGAGUGUGUGCUAGAACUGCCCUGCCUUUCUUGGAAGAGAUGAGACAAACAACAGGUUGUUUCUCCCUGUACUUCACAAUUAAUGUCUUAACUCGUUACUAAGUGUUUCCUUUAUGCUUUCUAAAGGCCACUUUCAUGGUCGCCUUGCACCAACCUCGUGCUGUGCUGCCAAACAGGAACACCAGAUUUUCAGCACUGGUGCACCUGUAUUCCUGUCCCUUCCCUUAACCCCACACGUGUGACUGAACAGGUGUGUCAGAUCCCACUGAUUUCCAGGGUUCAUUUUGCAGCAGCUGCUUCCCGUAGGAUGGAGCCAGAGCUUUCCUGGUGAGGGGUGGAAAGAGAAGGAGUGUGUUUUUCCAGUGUCUUAUAUGAGCCCUGAAGUUUAUUUGAACAGCCUCCUUGUCUCCUGCUAAUAUCAAAAGUGUUCUUAGGUAGUGUUUAAUGAAGUGCAUAAAUGUUUAUGUUUCCUAAUUUGGGAUGCUAAAUAGUAGAUCAGUGUUUAAAAUGUCAGUGCAUGUAUCCUUUCAUUAAUUAAAACGAACAAAUAGAGAUAACAGUGAAAAAAACAUUUAAACAGCAAGUUUCCCCUUUCAAGCAGACUUGUGAAUGCACAGGGUUGUUUUUUUUUUUUUUAAGUGAUACUAAGGUAACCCACUAUUUUGGGGAAAAUGUCCAUAAUUCCCUUAGUCUUUUAUGGCUUUAGUACUAAUGUGUUUCCAUUGUAACACAUUCUUUAAUGAGAAGAUCAAGCUGUACUUCUUAGAAGAUAAGCCUAUUUGAGACAGCAUUUUAUGAAACCUGGAAAAAGCAGCUUAGAAUUUAAUUAGAGUUAGAACUCCAGCCUGGCCCCAAAAAUCAGAGGUGUUAAUUCCUUCUGCAAAACCAGCAUCACCUUUCUAGGGUUUCUCCUUGACAUACUCGUCCCAUCAAAUGUGAAUACUGCAUUUUGCUGAAGAAUUUAAAUGUUCUCCUUGGGCACGGUACCUUGGAAGGCUUCAUUAAGUUUUUCCUGGAGAUUUCAUCAGCCCAGGUUAGUUUUCAUUUGAGUUCAACAGAGGUGUUUGGGUGGCACGAAAAAGUUCAAUUCCCUUUGAAACAUAGUGUCAGUGGGGGCUAAGAAAUGUGUCCAUUGGACUGGGCAAAUGGUGGUUAAUGUGUCUCUAAACUUUGUUGAGUCAUGUUGAAGGAGUAGGACAUAUUGAAGGUGGAACACCUCUUCUUUGUUUUGCAGCUUGAACUAAAUCUUUGGAUACUGGAAAUAAGUUUUUUGCUAAUAACAAGCCAUUUCUGCACACUGUGGUUGUAUGGCAGCAUGCUGGGGGCUCUGCAGGGAGUAAUGGGUGUGUGAAUAACAUUUUAUGCUUGUAUUUUAUACUUUUAUUUGGUCAUUACGCUUGUCUUUCCCUCCCCAUGAGCCAGUAUCAAGGUUGUACAAUUGUUUCCUAGUGUGUCUGUUUGAAGUAGGGAAAUAGGCUGCAGUUCCGUGUUCCAGCAAUACCCAAGAAAAAUAGGAACUUUAAUGGGGUGUGCUUUUCUGCAUUGCAAAACUGAUGUAUAAAUUAACUGUGAGUUUCAUUUCAUUUUCCUGCACUGCGUUUAUGGCCAGGGCUGUUCUUGUUGGUACAUUAAUUUUUCCAUAAUUGUGCCUGCCCGCACAUAGUUUGCUUUGUUCAUAUUGCAUCUGCUGUGAAUCUACCAUAGGAAACUUUAUAGAAAAUAGCCCCUACUAACUUUUUCCUGCUCUAGGGUAACUACUUACCUGUACAUCAUGAGAAACAGGAGAGAGUUUUGACAGAAAAUGAAGCAGGUUUCAUUACACCCUGUAAUACCCCUUGUUUGUCAUUCUAAGGUUUGUGCUGUGCCAUUACCUCAUACUGUAAACCUGGAUUUGUAAGGAUCAGAAAGACAUGGAUUUAAGAGGAAGUGACAGUUUACUCUUUUUUUUAAUCAAAGCAGGAAGGAGGUAUUGCUGUUAUAUGAAUAAUCUGAUCUUCUGUUGCCACACAUUGCUGCAGUAAUUUGUGAUAUUCAUGAUCUGAUCCAUAUUAAACUGCCUCUGGCACACUUGCAAGGAAGCAAGAUUAGAGUUAACAAAAAGGGCUUUAUUUUCUAUUAGUAAUUUUAUAAGGGAUAUGAGCUGUUGUGUUAAAGGAAAGAAUCCUACCAGAGACUUUAAUACCUGAGUCAGGAAAUCUAGCCACUCAAUUAAAAAGAGAAAGCUAGUAUUUAUUAGAGAAGGGAAAUAAAAUUGUUCGUUUCUGCUGUUGCAGAACAGGUUUGGAUUUACUGGUGCUUUGUAGAGAUGGGAGGGUUUUUUAAAAAAAUAGUAAAAUACUUAUGUCAAAGUUCAACUCUAAGUAGGAAUUCAAGGUUGCAUUCGUUAGCUGUUGUUGGCUGUCAAAAGCAGGUGCAUUCUCCCUGUGGGAGGUCACUUCUUUGCACCUUACCUUUGAUGUUGUAUCUGAGAGAUUACUGUGAUGGCUGCUUUGUUGUCUUAAGCAGAGAUUAUUGUCCUCUUGGAAGUUUUAAGUAGCAAUAAAUUGAACUCAUUGGGAUUUACUGAAAUUGUAAAGAUAAUUCUACUUCACACUUCCAGAAUCUAUAGACUUUUAAAAAUUAAAGCUAAGUGCAGGUCAUUGUUAAAAUGAUACAAUCUUGAUGCAGAGCCUCAGAGAAUUGUGUGAAUUGGGAACAUUGUGUAUUAGCUGUAGCUUCACUGUGUAUUAGCUGUGUUCAUAGCUCUUGAGAACACCAAAUCUGGCUAGUUUCAGAAGGGGAAAGCAAGGUUGUGUCACAUGGAGCUGCACUGAGGAUUAUUUCAAUAUUCCAUCUUUCUGACAUGAGAAUUCUCUUCUGAAAGAGACAAAGACACAACUUGUGCCUCCUCAGAAUGAGGUGGUAACUUUCUCCGUACUCUUGAAAAUAUUUGUCAUUCUGUGCGUGCCUUUAGUCUCGGAUUGAUGAAGUCAUAACAUCAAUUGCUCAGACUUUAUUGGUGUCAUUUUUUUCAUCAUAACAGUGUGGAACUCUGAAGUGAUUCAUACAACAGCGAGGCAAUAAAAGCGUUAUGAAGUGCAAUCAUUGCAUGUUUCAUGCUCAAUAGCUAAUUUUUAAUUUCACCAUCUUGGAUAUUUUUUCAUCCCCUCAGGGUACCUGAAUAGGGAAAGAGAAUCACUUGGACUUGGACAACAGGAGCAGUGAUUCAAGAAAGAAUUAAUUUAUGUGGUUGUUCAUCUGUUUUACUUUUGCAAUUAUUUCUCCUGUUUAUGUCUAAACAAUAACUUUAAUUCCGUGCCUCAGAUAGCCUCUUGUCAUGCAGUGAAAUCAUGGUCCUGUGGUUGUGAGAUCAUUUGUUUUCCAUAAAGAGGAAAAUGCCUCACUUGCAGCAUCAGAUGAAGUUGCAUUAUGGCUGGAUCAGAAUAAAGGUGAAAGUGAGUCUGGGAGGGGAGGAAGAAGCUGAGCCUAAAGGAUUUUUUUCUGUGCUGCCUUCUGGCUAGAAAACUUCUUCCUACCAAGGAAAUUGUUUCCUCCACAUUUAACAGGAUAUCAACUUUAUGUUUCUUGUUUAUUGAUAGUAAAGCCUUAAUGGAACUGAAGUCUUUAUGAAUAUAUAUGUUUAUUGCAUCAGGCUACCUACUGUCAUGCUGAAUUUUGGUCUUUAGUGAUUUGAAAUUAAAGAGUCACAGAAAAUUUCCUGAACAACCCCAGAGAGGCAUAGGCUGGGGGUGAUUUAGCUUUUUUUUUGUAAUAUAACAAUUGCUUAAAGUUCUGUGAAAUGGAAGAUAAGAAAUGAUGUGUGUUGGUGCUUGUGUAUGCUUUAUAGCUGGCCUGAGCUUUCAUGCUUUUGGAGUGGAGAGGGGUGCAGGUUUCAUGGGAUAGGCUGAUCAUUGAAGAAUUGGCUGUGAACACCCUUUGGUGUUCACCCUGAUGAAUGUGAAUGAUGUCCUGGGACAGCAGCAGAGGGAAUGUGCCUUGAUAAUGCCAUAUCACACUGGUACCAGCCCCUUCCGCAGGAGACUCAGAUGAAAAAGCUUUUAUGGGAGUUUCAUAUCCUUUGUACUCAAAAAUAUCUUUAAUGUCAGCCCAAAUGUUUAUUUAAAUCUUACUGAAUUGUAGUUUAGUUUUUUUAAAAAAUGUACUUUCAUGUGUUUCUCAUUUUUCUUGUAAUUAAUUGAGUAUCGGUGUUCUGGGAGAUGUCUUUCUCCGUGUUUUAUUUGGGGUAUUAAGUCACUGAUACUUCAAAAUAGUCCAUUUGGACAUUCUGGAUUUGUGAGCCAGAUGAAAUAUGAUUUUACCUUUCCUUACGGAGUCCUCUGCAGGAUUUAUGGAAGUACCUUUAGAGAAUAAUUCUCAAAAUGUGUGGGAUGGAAGGUGGAUGGGUCAAAGCAUUGCCUCCAAGUUAAUGUUCUGUGUUUUCAUUUCUUUAAGAGUCUUAGCUUAUGAAAAACUAAAACUCUGUAAAGUAGGAUUUUGCUUUCUUUUCCUGCACUGUAUAUUAAAACUCUUUGACACUCA